AUGCCCAGUAUCUUCGCCUACCAGAGCUCCGAGAUAGACUGGUGUGAGAGCAACUUCCAGUAUUCAGAGGUGAUAGCUGAGUUCUACAACACGUUCAGCAAUGUCACCUUCUUAAUCUUCGGGCCACUUAUGAUGUUCCUGAUGCAUCCCUAUGCGCAGAAGCGUUCCCGCUAUAUCUAUGGCAUCUCGGGCCUCUUUAUGCUCGUAGGACUGUUCUCCAUGUACUUCCACAUGACGCUCAGCUUCCUGGGGCAGCUGCUGGACGAGAUCGCCAUCCUGUGGCUCCUGGGCAGUUGCUACAGUAUAUGGAUGCCUCGCUGCUACUUCCCCGCCUUCCUAGAGGGGAACAGGCCCCAGUUCAUCCGCCUGGUCUUCAUCACCACCAUGGUCAGUACCUUUCUGUCCUUCCUGCGGCCCGCGGUCAAUGCCUACGCCCUCAACAGCAUCGCCCUGCACAUCCUCUACAUCGUGGUGCAGGAGUACAAGAAGAACACCAAUAAGGAGCUUCGGCACCUGAUCGAGGUCUCUGUGGUUCUGUGGGCUCUCGCCCUGGCCAGCUGGCUCAGCGACCGCCUGCUCUGCAAUUUCUGGCAGCGGAUUCAUUUCUUCUACCUCCACAGCAUCUGGCACGUGCUUAUAAGCUUCACCUUCCCCUACUGCAUAGUCACUCUGGCCCUGGUGGACGCCAGCUACGAGAUGCCGGGUGAAACCCUCAAAAUUCGCUACUGGCCCCGGGACACGUGGCCUGUGGGGCUCCCCUACAUCGAGGUCCAGCGUGACACCAAGAAGUGCUGA